AUGGCGGACAAUCGAAGAAGAAGGAGCUUGUUCCACAUCUCUCUUCUCUCCGCGUCUCUGCUAUGUCUCUUUUUAUCUCCGAUUCCGGCAUCGGCACAACCUCGGAAACUCAGGUUCGAUGCCAACGGCGAGUUCAAGAUACUGCAAGUAGCUGACAUGCACUUCGCAAACGGCGCAACCACACGGUGUCUCAAUGUCCUUCCAGCCCAAAUGGAUCACUGCUCCGACCUCAACACCACCGCCUUCUUGUCCCGACUCAUCGCCGCCGAGAAGCCUGACCUCAUCGUCUUCACCGGUGAUAACAUCUAUGGGCCUCAUGUGAAGGACCCAGUGAAAUCCUUGAACGCUGCAUUUGCUCCGGCGAUUGCGUCUAAGACCCCUUGGGUUGCUGUUUUGGGAAACCACGAUCAAGAAUCUACAUUAUCACGACAAGAACUCAUGAAACACAUCGUGACGCUUCCCUACACUCUGUCCCAAGUGAAUCCUCCCGAGGCUGCUCAUUACAUCGAUGGGUUUGGUAAUUACAACCUCCAAGUCCACGGAGCUGCUGCUGCUGCUGCUGAUUCGUUCCUACAGAACAAAUCCCUCCUAAAUCUCUACUUCCUCGACAGUGGAGAUUACUCCAAAGUCCCUUCCAUCAAAGGCUAUGACUGGAUCAAAACUUCUCAGCAACUCUGGUUCAACAACACUUCAAAAAAUCUUCAGAGGGAGUACAACGCGGAGCCUAAUGCUCAAGAAGGUGUGGCUCCGGGGCUUGCUUACUUCCACAUUCCAUUACCGGAGUAUUGGACUUUCGACUCAAUGAACGACUCAGAGAACGCUACAAAAGGAGACAGGCUAGAGCCAACGUCAUCGGCAAGAACCAACUCUGGUUUCUUCAGGACUUUGGUAGGUAGAGGAGAUGUGAAGGGUGUGUUUGUGGGACACGACCAUAACAACGACUUUUGCGGUGAGCUCAAAGGUGUGAAUCUGUGCUACGGUGGUGUAGCUGGGUAUCAUGCUUAUGGUUUUUCUGGGUGGGAUCGGAGAGCGAGAGUUGUGGUUGCUGAUUUGAACAAGAACAGAGAUGGGAAAUGGGGAGGUGUGAAGUCGAUUAGGACAUGGAAGAGGCUUGAUAAUCAGGAUCUCUCUCGUGUUGAUGCUCAGUUUCUUUGGAACAAUCCUGGAAACUGA